AUGGUUCAUUACGAAUUCACGGAAACAGUUAGUGAUAAUGGAUCGGAACAGGAGCUUUCAAUCGAUUCUUCACCCAAAGAAGUUUACUGUGAAGAUUGUGAUAAAGCGAGAUCGAAUGGCGGCAAACUUAUUGAGAACAAAGAAUCUUUUGAUCACGUGAAAUCUUUAACAGAAACACAUGUAAAAUUACCAUUCCCUCCGACAAUAGUUCCUAAGGAUUUAGUAGAUGCUCUGUUAUUGAAGAGCAAGUCCCAAUCUCCGAAAAUGUUGAACGAAUUCUUUAUUUACAGGAAAGUUUUUGUUCAAGAGCUUCGGAAGCAAAAACAACGCCUCAAAAUGACGCGAGCAUCGAAGCUCGCAUCAAGCUCGUGGCAUUCAGAGUCUCCAAAAGUGAAGAACGAAUACAGGAGACUCGCACGGGAAGUGGAAAAACUUUAUAUAGAUGCUAUGAAGGAAAGGUUACGAGCUCAAAUUAACGAAAAAACUGAUGAACAGAAUAAAUCCUUCGAAAAUAUCGUAAAUCCUACCCAUACUAAUUCUACCAUUGAAGUUUCUGAUGAUUUCAGUAACGGUAACGAUAAAACAGGACCCUCUUUACCAACCGAGGUAAAAUCAUGCACAUCAUCAGAACAAUACACAAACACUAACCCAUGUUUGGAUGAUUCCACAUUUGUGCCAUAUCGAUAUCCAACUUUAAACGAUUCAGUCAGUGACUCAUAUAUACAGUAUCAGGAUAAUGUAUAUAUGCCAGACCAUGAUGGUAACAUGCAUCUUUUGGACUUGUCAAAUACAAUGCCAUAUAUGCAUCUUUUGGACUUGUCAAAUACAAUGCCAUAUUCGUAUCAGACCGUCCCUUUUGAAUUCCCGGUAUAUUCAUUACAACAGAAUAUACAACCAAAUAUUUAUUAUAUACAAGAUUUAAAAUCGUACAUGACAAAUGAAAAUUUGUCAAAUUUAACGAAUAAUUUUAACGUUUCUUAUGUUAAUUCGUAUACUACCAAUAUUACCGAUUUCACUUCAACAUCUUUUCAAUCGUUAUCUGUUGAAGAAUCUUGGGCGGAUAUAGGAAAUCACAACAACUUUCUCGAUAACAACAAUUAUUAUCCUACCGAAAAUGCUCAAUACUAA